GGUCAAUCCCUGUAUACUGGAAAGGAGACUGGUUUUAUCAGCAUCGUACAUCCAGAAAGCUCUGAUUUUGAAGAUGAUCGGCAUAAAAGUGGUGCUUUGCUUCCUGGUUAAAGGAGAUGAGUUCGAAUUAGGAACAACUCUACAAGUUUUCCAGGAGGUUGGCGGCUUGGGAUUGAUUGUUGCUAAGAAUCCAACCAGAACCCUGGAUUAUUAUGCUUCUGACUUUCCCAGUAUUGGACCAGAUAUAGCAGCUCCGGGAGUCAAUAUAUUGGCUGCUAUUCCUCCUGAAGAAACUCCGUACGAGUUUAAAUCAGGAACGUCCGUGGCAGCUCCACACAUUUCUGGUAUUGUCGCCUUGCUCAAGUCACUGCAUCCACACUGGACUCCAGCUGCUAUCAAGUCCGCACUUGUCACAACAGCAUGGCAAACGGACCCUCAUUCUGGGGAACCAAUUCUAGCUGAGGGAAAUACGAAUAAGAUCGUUGAUCCGUUUGAUUUCGGUGGGGGACUCGUGAAUGCAAAUGGCGCGAAAGAUCCUGGCCUUGUCUAUGAUAUGGGAGAGUCUAACUAUGUUUUUAAUUAUUUGUGCCCAAUGGGCUAUAACACUAGUGCCAUCGGUAGCAUCAUUAACGGAUAUGUUACUUGUGCACUCAAAAUGCCUUCGAUUCUUGAUUUCAAUCUUCCUUCUUUAACAAUACCAAGUCUCAAAGAUACAGUUACUAUUAGCAGAACCGUCACCAAUGUCGGACCAAUGAACUCCAAAUAUAAGUCCAUCAUUGAGCCUCCAGCGGGCAUUACCAUAAAAGUAAAGCCUGAAACUUUGAUAUUCAACUCCAACACCAAGAAAAUCUCUUUCACUCUCACCAUUUCAACCACUCACAAAUACACCACAGGCUAUUAUUUUGGGAGCUUAACUUGGACUGACGGAGUGCACCGAGUAAGAAGCCCUAUAUCUCUGAGAACAGAGUUCCCAUAACUUGCUGGCUAGAGUUAAGGAUGGAUGCAAGAGUUUGCUAAUUUAUCUCAAUGCACUUACGUUAUCUAUGUAUGAAGCAGUGGACUCACAAUUGAGCUUCUAUGCUAGAUGAAUCUUUUUAUCUUCGCUUUACUAUAACCCAUAGAAAAAGAAGAAUCUCCGUUACAAUGACUCCAGAGAUCCAAAAAUAUAGAAACAGGAACAAUCGUAUAAAAUAUCAAUAGGGCAGUCACGUAGAUUAAUUACUAGACCAAGUAAAGUGGAAUCGGUUAUUUACUUUGAAUUACAUUUUGACGAGUUCUUGGGUCCAUGCUUAACACGGCCAUUAUCCAACUAGUGUAAACUUUGCCUUUCAAUGAGUGAGAACAAUGCUGUAUUGUAACCCUUCACCAAAUCAUUCUAUCCUAUGCUUUAUCUAAUAUUUUUCACCACUUGAUUGUUGUUU